AUGGCCUCUACGAUCGCCGAGCAGACGUGCUACACUGUAGUACGCGAGGACACGUCCGAGGGUCCCACUAGUCAAGAAUUAAGAAAUGCACUACAAAAAGGAACAGAUGAAACUAAGCUGGAGACGCUGAGGACGAUUAUCAUAUCGACGCUCAAUGGAAACCCUCAUCCCACGCUACUAAUGCCAAUUAUUCAAUAUGUACUGCCAUCUAAGAGCAAACAACUCAAGAAAAUGUUGCACUUUUACUGGGAGAUAUGCCCAAAGCACGACGAAAACGGGAAACUCAAGCAGGAGAUGAUUCUCGUAUGCAAUGCCAUCCGAAAUGAUCUUCAACACCCCAACGAAUAUAUCCGUGGUGCAACCCUCCGCUCGCUCCAGAAACUCACAGACGCAGAGCUGCUUGAACCAUUGAUACCCACCCUUCGCACAUGUCUUGAGCAUCGUCACUCGUAUGUGCGCAAAAAUGCUGUGUUCGCGGUCUAUACCACGUACAGGCAACACGAGCAACUAAUCCCCGACGCGCCGGAACUCAUCGAGACUUUCCUCACUGCCGAGUCUGAUUCGACGUGUAAGCGAAAUGCGUUUGUAUUCCUGAGCCAAUGUGCGACAGAAAGUGCGGUCGAAUGGCUGGUCAAGAAUGCGGAUUCUAUCGAGAGCAUGGACGAAUUGCUGCAAAUGGCUGCAAUCGAGCUUAUCAGGAAGGAUAGCUCAAGGCCAGGCGCUGAUGCAUCCUUGAGGGCAACCAAGAUAUAUCCCGUCAAAUACGAUGCAGCGACCACUCUCACCUCGCUUACCCAAAACCCAGCAGCAGUCAAGGCAACCGCUCAAUGUUUCAUUGACCUGGUUGCCCGUGAGUCCGACAACAACGUCAAAUUAAUCGUCCUCGACCGUCUCGAGGUCUUGCACUCGAAACAUCAGCAUGUCUUGGACCCACUCGUGAUGGACUUGUUGAGGGUACUACAGAGCCCGGAUCUGGACGUGCGUCGUAAAUGCUUGGGAAUCGCAUUGGGAAUGGUUACGAGCCGGAAUGUCGAAGAGGUUGUUGGGUUGCUGAAGAAGGCUCUGGCGAGGACCACAGAAGCCGAGGCCGAAAAGACGCCUGGGACGACCGAGUACCGCCAACUCCUCAUUCAAUCCAUCCACGUAUGCGCGAUCAAAUUCUCAGAGGUCGCCGCGAGCGUUGUGCAUGCACUCAUGGAAUUCCUUGGAGACACGAACAAUCCGGCUGCAGUCGAUGUCGUCGCGUUCGUUCGAGAAGUCGUUGAGAAAUUCCCUAAUCUGCGUGGAGCGAUCACUUCUCGCCUCCUCGAAACCUUUUCAGAGAUCAAGUCCGGGAAAGUCUUCCGCGGUGGCUUGUGGAUUGUGGGAGAAUACUGUUCGGGUGCAUCUGAAAUCGAGAGCGUCUUUGAGAAGAUCCGAGAAGUCUUGGGCGAGAUUCCUAUUUUGGCUGCAGAGCAGCGCCUCCUGGAUGCAGCGACUGCCGCCGCUGCGGAGGAUGAUACCGACAAGGACAAAAAGGAAUCCACUAAAUCUAGCGCGCCGAGGAUCUUGGCGGAUGGGACUUACGCGACCGAGACCGCGUAUUCUAAUACUGGAGCACGCCUCGAAGCUGUGAAGAACGCGAAUAAGCCUCCUCUACGAGCAUUAAUUUUGGGCGGAGAUUUUUACACCGGCUCGGUUUUGGCAGCUACGUUGACCAAGCUAGUCCUGAGGUAUGGAGAGGCAGAGGGUGUGGAUGUGAAGAGGGCCAACUCUCUCCGUGCAGAGGCAAUGUUGAUCAUGACUUCUCUGAUCCGAGUUGGCCAAAGCCAAUUCGUGACGGUCCCGAUCGACGAGGAUUCACAAGAACGCAUCAUGAAUUGCGUACAAACAUUAGCUUCCACUGAGCUCGCCAAGAAUACCCGAGUUAAGGAAAUGUUCUUGAAAGACACCAAGGCGGCGUAUGCCAAGAUGGUUGCACAUGAGGAGAAAAAAGCUGCGGAGAAGAAGGCGCGCGAUACGAAGAAGACUGCUAUCCAGGCGGAUGACCUCAUCACAUUUAGGCAAUUCACGAAAAAGGCUACGAAUGAAGGAUUGGACGACUAUGAACUUGAAGUCAGCCGUGCGACCGGAGCUGCCGAAGUUGGAGGCAGUAUAAUCUCCAAUCUCAGUCGGGUAGUACAGCUUACUGGGUUCUCCGAUCCUGUAUAUGCGGAGGCGUACGUCAAGAUCCAAGGAUUCGACAUUCUCCUUGACGUGCUGAUCGUAAAUCAAACAACUGAUACUCUUCAAAAUCUCGUUAUUGAAUUUGCCACGCUCGGAGAUGUCAAGCUGGUUGAGCGACCAACAACCCAUACCUUGGGCCCACACAGCUUCCAUAGCGUCAAGGCCACAAUCAAAGUCUCCUCCACCGAAACGGGCGUGAUUUUCGGCAACAUUAUCUGGGAGGCUGGCACUUCUGAGACCUGUGUGGUGCUUAAUGAUAUACAUAUUGAUAUCAUGGAUUACAUUAAGCCUGCUUAUUGCAACGAAGCUCAGUUCCGCAGCAUGUGGACAGAAUUCGAAUGGGAGAACAGGGUGAACGUGAACACUACUAUCACUGAUCUGAGAACAUACUUGAACCAUAUUAUGAAAUCAACGAACAUGUCCUGCCUUACUCCCGAAGCGGCCCUUUCGGGAGAUUGCGACUUCCUUUCGGCGAACAUGUAUGCGCGGUCUUUGUUCGGUGAGGAUGCGCUGGCGAAUCUCAGUAUCGAGAAGAUCGAAGGCACCGGAAAUAUCCAAGGACACGUGCGUAUUAGGAGUAAAACCCAGGGAAUUGCAUUGUCGCUGGGCGACAAGAUCACUCUCGCUCAAAAGGAGGUCGCACCACUUGCAUAA